AUCCGUGCCUGUACAUUCCCCGCUUCGCCCAGCUGCUGGAGUUCGGGGAGAAGAACCACGACGUCUCGAUGACGGCCAUGAGGCUCGUGCAGAGGAUGAAGAGAGACUGGAUGCACACAGGAAGAAGACCCUCAGGACUGUGUGGAGCAGCUCUUCUUGUUGCUGCUCGCAUGCACGACUUUCGGCGCACUAUCAAAGAAAUUGUCGGCGUUGUGAAAGUGUGUGAAACGACACUACGGAAAAGGCUGACAGAGUUCGAGGGAACGCCCACCAGUCAGCUCACCAUCGAAGAGUUCAUGAAGGUGGAUCUGGACCAAGAGUGUGACCCUCCCUGCUUCACUGAAGGACUGAUGAAGAAGAAAGUCCGCCAGCUGGAGAACGAGCUGAAGAAAAAGAUGGAUGACGUUGAAGAUGAAAUUCAAGUUUACCAGGAUGAAAUCGACGCAGAGCUGCAGAGCAGUCGACCCAAACUGAGAGGAGUUUACGCCGCCUACACUAAAGAGAGUCCAGAAGACUGUAAAAAUGACAAUGACGACGCCCUCUCCACACCCUCCAAGCUAGCAGACUUCGAGGAACCCGAAGAGGAGGAUGAGCUUCAGGCUGUGGCCAAGCACUUUGGCAAAGAACUGGAAGAAAUCACACUGGAGGCUCUGAUCAAACUGGAGCGAACGACCCCAGAGGGGCAAGAGGGGGACCAGGAGGAGGAGGAUGUCCCCAAGCGGGUGGGCCCGUCGCUGGCGUCCAUUCUCGGCAGGAUGCCCACGGCAGCCACGCUCGGCAUCAGCGAGUCCAUCAGCAGCUGCAUCGGUAACGAGAAGGAGAACGAUGGCGCCGCUGACAGCGGGGAGCUGGACCUGAGCGGGAUCGAUGACAGAGAGAUAGAGCUGUAUCUCCUGAGCGACAGAGAAAUCCAAAUCAAGACGGCGCUCUGGAUGGCAGAAAACUCCGACUACCUCAAAGAGCAGAAAGAAAAGGAAGCAAAGAUAGCGAAGGAGAAGGAGCUCGGGAUCUACAAAGAAAAGAAGCCCAGAGGACCCAACAGGAAGCGGCCCCCGAUCCGAGCCAACACCGCAGACGAAGCCAUCGAGAAGAUGCUGGAGCAGAAAAAGAUCUCCACCAAGAUCAACUACGACGUCCUGAAGGACCUGAACACCAAGCCUGGAGCCAGCCCGGCUCGUGUAGCCGAGUCCCCGAAGAAGGAACCCGCGGCCGCGAAACUGACCCCGAGAAACCGCAAACCUCCAGCUCAGCUCAGCCUCAGCAUGCCACUCAGCACCCUGGGGAAAAGGUUGCAGCCGUUCGUCAGCGGACAGCCCAACAAGAAGCUCGCUUUGGAGCAGGUUGCCAACUCCAACCCCCUGCCGGUGCCCGUGGGAGCCCCCGCCAGCAGUGUAUUGGUGGAGAGCGGGCCGGUUGUCUAUGAUGAUGCAGCCGCUGAUGAGGAAGAGGAAGACGAGGAGGAGGCUUGUGUCAGCGCCAUGAACCUGAUGGGCAGCGACGAUUACGGCUUCGAAGGAGAUUACGACUAUUGACUCCAGCGAGGAUCUUUGACUCCAGACUUUGGACCAUUUUGAAUCCUGAAGCAUUUCAACAUGUUUACAUCCAGGGAUACAAACAGACUGCUGCUACAUAACGAGGCACUUCCAUCAGGGACGACAAAAAA